CGUCACCUAGCAGUCACCGCCCUUCCUCACUUCAUCCUUCUCCUCGCAGCAAGGCUCUCAGUUGGUAUUACUGACCGCCGAGAUCAGCGCGAAAACUCCUCGUCCAUCGACAUAGCGUUUGCUCGACGCCGUGACGACGGACACGGCAGGACCUUCGCUCUCCAAGGUAUACAACGCUGUGCUCACAGAUGCGUCAAGGGUACACUUCCUAACUCUCUACAUAGUCUACGCCUUCAUUGCACCAUGGGUCAACCGAUCUGACAACCGAUGCAUCUUUGUCUGCACCGUUCUCAAUCGAUCUGACAACCGAUCUGUGCUUGCUUUCACCAUCCUCAAUCAACUCCGACAGAUCGGCACAAUGUCCCGCAAACAAAACCGUCUCGCGCCUCUCAAAAAGAAACUCAAAGCCCUCUGCGCCUCAAAAGCCUCACCUUCCUCAUCCUCGCCGUCCUCGCAAUCGCAAUCUCCAUCUCCAAUAUCCCCUGCGUUUACGUCGCCAUUGACCACAUGGUCAUCAUCACCCUCAAGCGUCACGAGCAACGUCAGCAGUCCCAGUCCCAUCCUCACAGCACUCCCAGAUCUCGAUUUUGACCACGACUUUGGUCAUAACCGGACGCGCAGCAGUAUGGAAGACAUGUACUUCCAAGACGCCCCCUCGCGCGAGAACCUGAGCACCAACCCCGGCGAAUGCGGCAAACAUCUUGCCCAGCGCUUUCAAUGCACCGCGAUGAACUACACCGCUGAAAUCGACAGGCGCAUUUGGGGUGAGACAGAUAUGCAAGAUUUCGCGUACGAUGAGGACGACGUUCAACAUUGGUGCACAUAUGGAUGUGGCGACGGAGAGAGAGACAUGAGGCAAGACACGACACGACGUGCCGUUCUAAGUUCAUGAAGUCAACGACAAAGAAGGGAAAAGAGAUCUAUGCUCCAACGUAGGUUGAGCCCGACGUCCAGCAUUGGUGUGCAUGAGUGUGGCGACGGGGAGGCAUAACAUGACACGCUGUGACAUGCUAGGUUAUGUUCUUAAAUUCGACGAAGAGAGAGAAGGGAACAAGGUCCAUGAUUUCAGGUACACAGGGGUGACCUUGACCAUUGGAGUGAGGAGGACGAGGCAUGAUAUGCACGACAGGACACGUCACUG